AUGUGGUCCAUUCUAGGGCUCCAUCACCCACUCCCUCCUCCUCGUAAGCAUCGCCAGCACUACCCAACACCGUCAUUCAAAAAGAGCCGCUCCCAGAGGCCCCCGGGGCCCCUCCGCAGCCGCCUCCGCAGCCGCCCUCAGCGCCGCCCGGGGCCCCUCCGCAGCCGCCCCCAGAGGCCCCCGGGGCCCCUCCGCAGCCGCCUCCGCAGCCGCCCUCAGCGCCGCCCGGGGCCCCUCCGCAGCCGCCCCCAGAGGCCCCCGGGGCCCCUCCGCAGCCGCCUCCGCAGCCGCCCUCAGCGCCGCCCGGGGCCCCUCCGCAGCCGCCUCCGCACCCCGUCCAGCUCCAGCCUGUCGGCCCCCAUCCCCACCCUGACCUCGACCACGCUCAGGGGGAGGUCCCGCUCGUCCCCCCACCUGCACAGGAAGGACAGAAGCACCUUUGAGAAGCUGAGCAUGAGCAAACCUACAUCUGUAGCUUCAGAAGGAAAAGCCAGCUGUUUGGGGAACAGCGCGAGCGGGACUGGAGGGUCAAGCAGCAGCCUGUACGGUGUGUUUGGGACAAAAAAGAUAAAGGAUCCCAGGCCCCUUCAUGACAAGACAUUCAUCCAACAAUGUAUCCAAAAGCUUUAUGAGUUCCUUGUUGAGAAUGCUUAUGCCCACGAUGUUUCCGUGAAAUCACUACAAUCUCCAUCAGUUAAGGACUUUUUAAAGAUCUUCACCUUUAUCUACAAAUUCCUCUGCCCUUCUUAUGAACUGCCUGACUCAAAAUUUGAAGAGGAAAUUCCCAAAAUUUUCAAAGCCCUUGGGUACCCCUUUGCUCUGUCAAAAAACUCCAUGUACGCUGUGGGAGCACCACGAACCUGGCCUCAGAUUGUGGCAGCUUUGAUUUGGUUAAUUGAUUGUGUCAAGCUGUACAAUGCGAUCAGGGAAAAUGCACCGUCGUUCGAUGACACACAGAGCUGGGGAGGAGAGACAGAUGAUGGAAUUGUACAUAAAAAGCUUUUCAUGGACUACUGUGUGAAGUGCUAUGAUCUUUCCAUGAAAGGGAGAGAUACCUUUGAAGAGUUGGAUGCUGAAGUGCAGUCAAAAUUAAAGGAUUUAUUUAAUGUAGAUCCAUCCCAGAUGGAAAGUUUAGAAGCUGAGAACAAAAGACUUCAAGAAGAGAUUGCAAGACUAGAAAAAGAAAAGGAAAGUGAGCAGGAUCGUAUAGCAACGCUACGAAAUGUGAAAUCGUCCCUUGAAGCAGACGUCCAGAAAUACCAGGCUUAUUUCGCUAAAAUGAAAUCUCAUAUAUCCAUCCUUGAUCAAAAACUGGAAAGUGUUAAUGAUGAAGUUGAGGCAGCAGAGGCAGAAGUAGAAGCCACGAAGCGGGAGAAUGCCCGGCUCCGGCACAUCUUAGAUAACCAGAAGUACUCAGCUGCAGACAUUGAGAGAAUAAAUCACGAGAGAAAUGAGCUGCAGCGAACCAUUAACAAGCUGAAUAAGGAGCUGCAAGAAGAACGAGAACUGAUGUGGAAUGAAGAGAUGAAAUAUGCUAGGAAGAGAGACACGAUUGAAAAGCAACUGGCAGAGUAUCAUAAACUGGCUCGAAAGCUGAAAUUAAUUCCAGUAAGUGCUGAGAAUUCCAAAGGCCACGACUUUACCAUUCAGUUUAAUCCUGAUUUAGGACCAAAUUUCCUACUCAAAUACAAAACUCAGAUCAUGGCUCCCCUCAUGGAGAUCAUCAACGAGACUGAGGAAGAAAUUAGUAAAGCCACUCAACGGAAAUUUACUCUGGAAGACACUUUGGAACAGGUGAAUGUAAUGCUAGAGGACAAGAAACGCAGUGUGAAAAUGCUGACAGCAGAAGCUGAAGAGCUGGAUGAUCUUUACCAGCAGAAGCUUAAGGAGAUAGAAGAAGAAGACAAGAAAUGUGCAAAUGAAUGGGAAUUGUUUAAGAAGCAUAAACAGUUACUUGAGAGUGGUGUCUAUGAUGGGCUCAGUGAAGCUACAGCUGAAUUGCAUGAUAUCGAAAGAGAAUAUCAAGUCGUUUUGCAAAGAACAACAGAAGAGAACAGAAAAAUUGAUGCUAACUUGAGUCGUCUUGUAGAAACAGUUGCUACUCAUAUAGAAUCUAUAGUGAAAUACCUUGAAGAACAGAAUGCAAGAAUAGAAAGAGACGAUGAAGAAUUCAUGCCUGAAGGUCUAUUGUCAAACCUGACCAGCAUCCUCGACACUUAUAAAAAGAAGGCUGAAAGUGUCUUAUCACUAGAAAGAUGA